CCACGUUGUCCGUUUUUUAAAUCCAAAAAAUCGUAGAAACUGCGCAACUGAAUAAACCGCCUUAAGUUGAUUUACUGACUUGCGUGCAAAUGUAGCGCCACAGGUUAUCGUUUCUCGACAUUGUAGUUCGUCUACCUCACUUAAAAGUGAGACGCGUACCAUGCCGAUGUAGUAGGCGUGCACGAAUGUGUGUGUCUUGUACUCGUGUCCGUUUUGAACCUCAAAAAAAAAAUCGCUCGGUUUUACCGGAAAAGUUUCGCUAGUUCGCCGCGGGUGAAAAACAUUCUCGCACAGUAGAUAAGUAAACGAAAGGAAUAACGAUGAACAAUUGCAGGAUAUACCUGGUGCUUUUUCUAUCAGUUAAUCUCUCGAUUUUAUUGAGCCACGUAGCCGGCUCUAAGGUGCUACAAAUUCGUGGCAUACCUAUCGCGAAAAGUUCGCUUUACUCGCCGGAUCACGACUUCCAGUGUCUCGACGGAAGUUUAUUAAUACCAUUUUCACACGUCAACGAUAAUUAUUGUGAUUGCGCGGAUGGCAGCGACGAGCCCGGUACUCCUGCCUGCACCAAUGGCUCGUUCUAUUGCGAAAAUUCUGGUUAUAAGCCUCGUUACAUACCCUCCACCUGGAUAAACGAUGGCGUUUGCGAUUGUUGCGAUGCCAGCGAUGAAUAUAACUCAGGUAAGGAGUGUCCAAACAAUUGUAACGAGCUUGGAAAGGAAGCUAGGUUGGAGCAACAAAAAGCAGAGGAGCUGAUCAGGGAAGGUAACAUGAUUAGAGUGGAGAUGAUUGCCAAAGGUAAACAACUAAAGGCAGUUUAUCAAGCACGUUUAGUUAAAUUACGCGCAGACUACGAAGAGGCAGAGCUUGUAAGGAAAGAGAAAGAAUUAUUGAAGACUCAAGCAGAAGAGCGAGAAAGUGCUGCUUUAGAGAAGUACAAGCCGUCUGAACCUGAACAACCUGCGAUAGAGGAAGGAGAUGAAGAGGAUGAGUUACACGAAUCCGAAGCUGAGGACUAUUUUAAACUACUAGAUUCUGACAGCAGUGGUACUAUAACAAUCAUAGAGCUUCAAACAAGAGUGACAUUUGACAAAGAUCGGGAUGGUGCUGUAACUGAAGAAGAGGCAAUGUUCUUCUUGAAUAAUAAGAAGGAAAUCAAUCUUCAAGAAUUCGUGGAUGAAGCGUGGGCAAUUAUCAAGCCUUUCUUAUUAUUAGAAGAAGGGGUAUUUAAACCAGCGGAUAAUAAAGAAGAAGAGGAAGAAAUUCAGGAACCUGCGGAAGAAGGAUCGGAACAAGAGAAAGAAGAAGAUGAGGGCAUAGAGGGGGAAGAGGUAUCAGGUGAUGAGCAAGAGAAAACAGAAGAACCUCAAGUACAGUACGACGAGGAAACGCAAGCGCUUAUCGACGAAGCAACAGUUGCCCGGGAGAAUUUCCAAGGGGCAGAAAGGUCUCUGAACGAAUUGCAAACCGAAAUGAGAAAGCUCGAAGAAAAAUUAGAUCGCGAAUAUGGCUUGGAACAAGAAUUCGCGCCUCUAGACGGUGAAUGCUUCGAGUACACAGAUUUAGAGUACACUUACACUCUGUGCAUGUUCGGGAAAACGACACAGAGAUCGAAAUCUGGCGGCAACGACAUCAACUUGGGUCACUGGAACGACUGGAGCGGGCCAGAGGGUCAAAAGUAUUCAAAGAUGAAGUACGACCGAGGUCUUACCUGUUGGAACGGACCUGCGCGUUCCACCAUAGUUCAUCUAAGCUGUGGAAAGGAAAAUAAACUGAUCUCGGUGACGGAACCAAAUCGAUGCGAGUACGCUAUGGAAUUUUCCACACCGGCUCUAUGCAAUCCUAGCACAGGGUCCACCGAUGCACACGACGAAUUAUAAGUCUCGUGGCGUCUAAACGCGCGUGCGACUCAAUACGAUACACACCAGGUGUAAAAAAGUAUACAUAAGGUGUAAAAGAAUUGCAAGGAUAAAUAAGGAUUGCGUCGAUUCAUCCGGUAUAUCUCAGGCCUGUAUUUCAAGCGUUCACGCGUUACGGUUAAUAUAAAAACGUUUACGCCACGGUUCUGGAUUUGCACAAUAUUUUUUACUUGUCCAAGAUAAAUACAACUGAUAAGCCUUGGCAAAAGAGCCUAGUCAACCUUCGCGCGUUACGCAACUGAUAAUUCCAUCGAAUCCCCGGCGAUCGAUUUAUUCGUCCUUGCACUAGAAAUUCCUCGUCGUUUUACUAUGUGUACUAUAAACAAACGGAAUUCGUACGUACCGUUCGAACGAGCUCGGUUUGCUUCGAACUGUAGAAAAGUUUGUUGAGAGACAUAUUUAAUAUAAUUCGUGAUACGUGAAUGAGAAAAAUCGUUGUUAACACGGUCAUUGCCAAUAUUGCGUCACUGUUAUACAUUCCUCUUUUUAUAUUUGACGAAUUUCUACGAAGCGAUACCGAAUAAACGACACAAAGAUAAUUUCACGCGUCGUUUCAAGCGGCCACUUUUUUCCACCUAAGGUCCCUAUAAAAGAAAACUCUCACCGAAGUAAAUGUGGACUUAAGCAACAUACAGUCAGACACAAGCAAACUCGAACACAAACGCGUACACACAUGCAAGAGUGUCUAAAGGAAAAAAGAAAAGAAAAGAAGCAACACCAUUUGUCAAAUUCCUAAAUUGCCACGUGUAACGUAUUGUAGAAGUUGUAUUUAGUGUGUCGAUCAUUAACUAAUUGAGGUAUUUUGUAAUUUUUUAAAGAUGCGCCGUGAUUUGCGGCGCAUUGGAA